AUGUCUUCCGGAGAAAACAAGUUACGACCGGCCACAACUGCAGGUGGCCAUAUUGAGGAUCGCGGCCAGCCGGCUCUCCCUGUGGUACAUCGGCGCUUUGCCAACCCAUCACCACUGGGUCUGCUCUCUUUCGCUACAGGUAUUGUCCUCAACCCAUUUGGUACUCUGAGUCCAGACUUCCAACAGGCCAUCGCCAUCUAUAUAUGGGCAUGGUUCAUCCUGACAGUCAUAUAUACUAUUGCUGCAGUGAGAAGCUCCUGGGUACUCUUUCUUGAUCUUCUGGCAUUAGAUAUCUGCCUUAUCUUACUGGCUGCUGGCAAUAUGGUAAACAGCAUGUCUGUUCUCAACGCAGGCUAUGCUUUUGGAUACUUGGUUGCUGUUAUGAGUUACUGGGCUGGAUGCGCAGGUCUUUUUGCUGGAGGUGUAACUCCAUUCGAGAUUCCUACCUUCCCCAUGUAUAAAGAGGCAUGA